AUGGUUGUGCAAAAGGCAGCCACGCCCACGCUGCCAGCAGCAGCUGUUGCCGACAGCCCAGCCAACUGUUACAUGCAACAGUACCACAAAUAUGCAACACAUUGCGAGACGGCGGACAGCGGCAAUGGCAGCGAUCUCGAGAGCAACAGCGGCCCAGUGCAGCCAGCCCUAAUGCUCACCGACGACAGCGAGGAGAGCGAGCCAUCCUCAUUGAACUCCGACUCACUCAACUGCAGCAGCACGGAGUAUGUGCGUCAAGCGGCAUCCAAGCCCAGCGGUCAACUCCGUCAGCGUCACAAGUCGUUGCGCAUGCUCGGCGCCCUGCUGCCCGACUCGCUGCUGCGGGAUAUACGGGAUCGACGUAGUGCCGAGUACGUGGUACAGUUCACCAGCCCCCCAGAGGUCAAGGACAAGCCGUUAAACCGGCACUCAAUGCCGCUGGCAGCGCCAUUGUCGCGUUCGUCACAUCGCUUAUCGCGCGAGUCGCUUAACGAGGAGAGCAUCGAGGAGCUGCGGGCGGCUGUGCAGCGAGCCAACUUUGUGCAAACCGGUGAGGAGCCAUUGGACAUUCACGAGGCAACAGCCUCGUCGCUGCCUGCCAACAGCAACAGCAACAUCAGCAGCAGCAACAACAGCAGCAGCAUCAACAACCGCUCCAGCAACAACUACAAAUAUGCCGACGAUCAAUACUACAGCUUUCACAUAAACGAGCACGAGAACUUCAGCAGCUUUGCGCGACAUGGCGAGGGACAAGGGGAGCUGGCACGAUUAACGGAACAUGAGCAGCACGACGUGUUCGCCGGCUAUCGGGAUGUGCGGAGCAGCGCCAGCUCCACACAGUCAACCAUACGCUCAGCGAAGGGAACCGUGCGCGGCGUUAAGAAUCGUGUGCGCAAUGGAAUAGCCACGUUCUUGCAGCUGCAACAGCAGCCAAAUGCCAAGUGCUACAAGGAGAAAGAUCUGGGCAAGGUGGUGCUCUACACAACCAGCAUGGGCGUCAUUCGAGACACCUAUACCAAAUGUGCCAAUGUGAAACAGAUUCUGCGCACUCUGCUGGUCAAGUUCGAGGAGCGAGACGUCUUCAUGAGCGUCGAGUAUCAAGCGGAAAUGCGACAGCGUAUGCAGACCUCACAAAUCCGAGUGCCUCAGCUGUAUGUGGAGGGUCAGCACAUUGGCGAUGCCGACACUGUGGAGCGGAUGAACGAGUCGGGAGAGCUGCGACAGCUUCUCAAGCCCUACAAGUCCAUUGCCAGCAACUAUACCUGCCAGACCUGCGGUGGCUAUCGACUGUUACCAUGUCCGUCCUGCAAUGGCUCAAAGAAGUCGGUGCAUCGCAAUCACUUUACGGCGGAAUUUGUGGCGCUUAAAUGCAUGAACUGCGAUGAGGUGGGAUUGGUCAAGUGUCACAACUGCUGAGAUCACUGUGGAUCACUGAGAUCACUGUGGAUCAUCUAACAUACGCAUAUAGCAUUUUAGUGCAUUACUUUCAUUUUGU